AUGCCCGCCCGCGAGGGCGUCGACGCCGACCUGCCUGCGUGGAAGAGGCUGCCCGCAUGGUUCUACAUUGUCGCGUGGAUCGCCACCUCGUCGGCCGUCAUUCUGCAGAACAAGUACAUCCUGUCCGACCUCGGCUUCAAGCACCCGGUCGCCCUCACGACGAUCCACCUCUUGUUCCAGACGGUCGCGACGCGCCUGCUCCGGCGUUACACCAACAUGGUCGACAAGGCCAAGGAGCUCGAGGCGACGGGCGUCAUGAACCUCGAGGCGUUCUUGCGCAAGAUUGUGCCAGUCGGGUUCCUCUUUUCGGCGUCGCUCGUCCUGAGCAACUGGGUCUACCUGCGUCUCUCUGUCUCGUUCAUCCAGAUGAUCAAGGCUUUCACUCCCGUCUCGGUGCUCCUCGUCUCGGCAGCGUUCGGCCUCAAAGAGCUCACGCGCAAGAUCCUGUUCAUCGUCUCGCUCAUCUCGUUCGGCGUCGCCCUCGCGAGCUACGGCGAGCUCGACUUUGAGAUCUGGGGCUUCCUGGUGCAGGCCCUCGCCAUCUGCAUCGAGUCGUGCAGGCUCGUCCUCGUGCAGAAGCUCCUCCAGGGGUUCGGCCUCGACCCGAUCGCGUCGCUGUACUACAUGGCGCCUGUGUGCCUCGCCAUCAACGCCGUCAUCCUCUUGCCCGUCGAGGGCUUCCAGGUGUUCGAGGACGCCGUCACCCUCGUCGGCAUCCCCUACCUCUUUUUCAACGCCUGCCUCACGUUUGCGCUCAACCUUGCCUCGGUAUCUCUUAUCGGCAAGGCGUCAGGCCUCGUCCUCACCCUCGCCGGCGUGCUCAAGGACAUCCUCCUCAUCGCGGGCUCGUGGGGCAUCCUCGGGUCGACCAUCACGGGCACGCAGAUCCUUGGCUACGCCAUUGCUCUGAGCGCGCUCGUCUGGUUCAAGCAGCAGUAGACGCUGCGUCUCUCUAUACGUCUCUUCUCUACGGCGCCUCUUCUCCUGCGGUACGGCGCGGCGCGAUUCCGGCGAGGGCUCGAGGCCGGCGUCGAGCGGGCUUUGUCUCGAGGGUCGCGAGCUGCAUCGACGCCGACAUUCUUCUUUC